AUGGACUCACCGUGUUUGUAUGUCACUGUUUUACUUUUGAACACAUUUGAAUUUUUAUCAGGAAUAGAUUAUAACAAAGGUGAUAUGGUGAAACACUUUGCUUGCUCUAGUGAAGGGUUCCCCAAAGAAAAUGAAAUGAUCAAGUUGUAUCUGACCUCAAAAAACUUGAAAAUCCAGUGUUUUUUCCUAGCUGAAAAUGACAUUGCUUCAAAGUAUGCAAUAAGUGUGUUCACAUCAGGAGGACUUGCUCCCAGUUUGGCAAUCAUAAAUAGUACCUACAAUGGCAUCUUCCACUUUAAUUUAACAUUGUUCAGUGAUCAAGUUUUCUGGGUGAUUGAUAUCCCUAGAGAAAACAUCACAAGAAAAACAGAUGCUGCAGCUGUCGAAGAAUGGCUGGUAAGAAUCACAUUACAUCAUGGAUUAAAUAUUUAUGCCACGGAAGGAACUCUAUUGGAUUAUGUUCGAGAACCUAUUCUUCAAUGGAACAUUGGGAAUUCAGUGUCACGGAAUCACAUCAGUAGCAUAUCUCCACAUGUGAUCGACCUCAAAGUGGCAAAAUGCCCCUGUGCCAAUGAUGUGGCAUUACUUGGCUUCAUUUUGAAUACAACACUUAAUGGUGUUUACAUAGGCCUAAGCUUUUCUGGAUUUUGGCAUUAUGAUGAUACCAAAUGGUACGACAUGACGGACACCAUCUAUGCUAAACUCCGAGAAGACCAUACAGGCCUUUCGUUGGUAGAUAUGGUUUUAACCAACCAUGUUUUAGUUCUCCUUACCUCCUUGGGCCUUUUUGUAAGUGAAGAUCUUCGUUAUCCCACAGGCCAAAAAUUACAGCUCUCAAGGGAAGACUUCUGUGGUUUUGAAAGGGUUGACUAUCUCAAAGGCAAACUGUGGUACAAUGAAAGAUGUUUUGCUAACAGAGAACGCUUCGAAGUGGACUAUGUUACCGUCACCUUUGACAGAAACCGGACACUGAGUGAGUCCAGUGCUUGUUUUUAUAGUAAAGAACCAUUUCUUGAAUGGCAGCCUUGCUUAUUACCUCAUGUUUUUAAAAGAGUGAGAAACCCCGCAUUACAUGUCGUAACAUUUCUUGUUGACCAAGAGCAGAACACCGGAGUCUAUCUCUACAAAAACUGGGCAUCAAAAUACGCUGCUGUCUCUGUGAACAUCCUGAGCAGUAGCCAACCAAGCUCUCGGCCCAGAUUUCCCGUCUUCGUGUUUCCUUCCUCAUUCACCUCUCCAGUUGGAAUGGUAUUUCAUCCCCGCAGUCACUUUCUCUACGUGUAUGGUAAUCAGGUUUGGCUUUCAGUGGAUGGUGGCAACACCUUCGACUUAAUAGAUGACUUUCACGGUGACAUCAUAAAGACAACGUACCAUAGCUUUUACACCUCAGACAUUGUUUUUGUUUCCACGAGUGGAAAGGCAUACUUGACAAAAGCAGGAUUAAGAAAAUAUAGUGAAAUCGGACGUGUUGCUGAUAAAAUUUUCACAUUAUACUAUGACCACUUGGGAUUCAUACAUAAACUGAGUCCAGAUCACUUUGCUGCUGGUGGGUCAGUCCACACCUCAAAAAAUUCUGAAAAUAUUUUUGGACAGCCUCCAGAUAUGGGCUUCGAGACUGCACUUGCUCCUCAGUAUAUUUCCUUAAACGAGAUGCUCUUUUUUGCAUACGUCCCUCCAAACGAGCCGGAAGAAACGAAACACACCAAGAAAUUCAAGAACAUCCACCUUGGAAAGCUGAUCCACUUCAGUAAAACUGGAACAGCUUAUAUAAGAAAGGUAUUGCACCAUGACACGCCCAAAGGAUUUUUGUCCUCAAUUAUCACAGAAUUGAGAGAGCCCUUUGGAAUAGAAGAGGUGAAUGAGAGCUCGUGUUUGUCCAGUUCCCUAAGUGUCAGUGAAUAUGGAGACUUCUAUAAACUUACUCUUGACUCACAAAUUGCCAAUGCCUCAUUUCAAGACACAGAUAUCGAGAAGACCGUGGUGAUUCCUGGUCACAGUAGCUUCCUCAUCACAGCUAUUUUAGAUGCUAAGAAUGCUGUAGCUGUUGCCACCAUGCCCAAACAAGCCCUCAACCUCACGCUGUUGCUGAAGGACUCCUGGGUCUUAUACAACUUUGGGCAAAGGAAUGGGCGAGCGUGGAAUAUAUCUUCAAAGCCAUGCAACCAUUGGUUUCAACAACCCGAUGACUCACUAUCCCUCAACACCGUGAAAUACAUUGAUUUGGGAAACUCUCAGAAUUUAAAGGUUAAGAUCAAACCUACUUCCAAAGAUUUCCAGACACUUGAAGCACCCCUGCUGGAUGUAUUCAUCGGAGACCCAACUUUGCUAGAUGUCAAAAUCAAUGGUUUGUUUGAUGAGACUGACAGUUAUGUUGCGGAGAUUUCGGUAGCCAGCAAAACUUUACGACAAGGCUCCACGUCCCUGGCGCUGGUGUCCUGGGAGUCAUCCACUGAGUGUUUUGUGACGACCAUCGUGCCCACGCUGAAGAGCAGCUGCAGCUAUCUGCGCACCAUGCACCACAUCCCCAGCAGAGCCAUCCCAAUGCAAGACUGGAUCCGAGGAGUUCACAAAGACAGCCAGGGUUUCAACAUGAUCAAAACCCUGCCGAUAAACUACAGACCUCCAUCUAAUAUGGGAAUUGCUAUUCCACUUACAGAUAAUUUCUAUCACGCUGAUCCUAGCCAGCCCAUACCAAGAAAUCUAUUUCGCAAGUCAAAGGAGGCUGGUAAAUACAAGCAGUGCGCAAACGUGUCCACCCGGGAGGAGUGCAACUGCACGAAUGCCCAGAAGUUCUCGCAUUCUGUCGCUUUCUCCGACUGCAGAGAAAAAGUUCCUCGUUUUAAGUUUCCAGUUGUGCAAUAUCCAAUUACCUUGAAAAUUUCCAAUGAGUCUGUACUUAUCCCAGUGAAAUCUCCAUAUCUGGUCACUGUGACUGAAGUGAACUUGAGGAAGAACUGGCAGCUAAAACACUCUGUGCCAGGAAAUAUUAAGAAGCUGAAAAAUUACUUGGAACCCCUUGUUCAAGCUCCAGUGUAUAAUCCUUCAGGUCUCAACAUAAGCAUAAAAGGCUCUGAGCUCUUUCACUUUCGAGUGUCUGUUGUUCCAGGGGUCACCUUCUGUGACUUGGUUGAAGAAUUUCAGAUUUAUGUGGAUGACGCCCCCCUGCCGUUUCCAGGACACACACUCAUUGCUGUCGCUGUGGCUGUGGUGCUGGGGGGCCUGAUUUUUACAGCAUUUAUGUUUCAACUGCGAGACAUCCACCCUUGGACAUCAUUCUGGAAAUGGGUUCUGUGGAAGAGAAAGAAGGUCUCCAGCGUCAGUGUCACUCGGAAACCUCAGAAGUGAAGGGCUGCACAGUGCACAAGAGAAAACCCCAAGUUCCUUUUUCUUCCGGGUCCUAUUAAGCAAUUCUGAGACUAAUAUAUUCAAGUGUUAAACAUGAAGCCUAGAUAAAAUACUAGAG